UUGUGACAGAUCACUGAUGUAAAACAGAGAUACCUGAACGUCUGCUAGAAUGAAUGUGACAGGCUUGUUGGAUAAAAUCUGAUCUUUGCCGAAAAGACCGUGGGCUUUUGUAAAGUUACAUUUGUAAAGAGACAUUAGCAGUUGCAAUAUGUGAAAGAUCAAAUUGGCAACGAUUAGUUGUAAAAAUUUAUAUUAAUUGAAAGUGAAUUUGCGCAGAAGUGAAAGAACAGAGUGAAAAGGGUUCUGAGUUAAUCUUCAAUUUUGUAUUAAACUCCUUCUUAAUUCGAAGAGAUUGUGUAAAAUACCGAUCGUAUAGACCGGAUUCCUUUCAUGUAAUCUCGAUGCCUUUACCAUGAAAAUAUAGUGAAACGGAGUAAGACAGUUGUGUCUCUAUGUGUACCUUAGAAAGUUCAGAAGACUGUUUUUUUACUCCGAAAUAUCCUAUACAGUACAUGCUGAAAACGAAACCACCUGGAUUCUGUUCUCUUUGGAUUUUAAGUAAACCCCCAGCAAUUAAAAUAUAUUGUCCUUUUAAAUAAAUAAAAAAAACUGGCAGGACCACGAACUCGACGGAAAAACGUCUGACAGGAUGAUGCGUUUACUGACCUGCCUUCUGCUGGGGUAUUUCACCUGGAAUAUGAGGAUAUCUAAUGCUCAGGGGGAAUAUUGCCAUGGCUGGUUGGAUAGCAGUGGGAAUUACCAUGAGGGUUUUCAGUGUCCUGAAGAUUUCGAUACUUUGGAUGCAACAGUUUGUUGUGGCUCUUGCUCUCUGAGAUACUGCUGUGCGGCCGCGGACGCCAGGCUGGCUCAGGGCACUUGCACUAAUGACAGAGAAAUGGAAAACACCGAGAUUGGAGCCCAACCAAUCUAUAUACCCUUCCUCAUCGUGGGAUCCAUCUUUGUGGCUUUCAUCAUUGUGGGCUCUCUGGUGGCAGUGUACUGCUGCACCUGCCUCAGGCCGAAGCAGACCACCCAGCAGCCAAUCCACUUCUCACUGCAGCGGUGCCAGACGGAGACAAUCCCCAUGAUUCUCACGGCCCCCAGCCUACGGACUCCCUCUUGGCAAUCCAGCACUGGCACCAGCUCCAGCUCCACUGGAGGCUCCAUACGCAGGUUCUCCAUUGGCAGGUCAGAGCCAGGUCAAAGCUGUGUGGUCUCAGUGUCUCCACCACCCUACACCUCACCUGACUGUGUGCAGACUGCUCACACCCUGCAUUCUGUCCACUCCUUAACUCCAUCUUCAGGCUUUCUUGUCUCGAAGCAAUACUUCCCUUACCCUCUGCAGACUGAGCCCUUCACUGUAGGGAAGAACGUAAGUGAUUUUAGUCAAUGCUGACUGGAUUCUUGGAUACCCUUCAGCUGUUGUAGAUAUCUUAGAAGAAUAACUGUGCAGGUUUUUAAAAGACCCACUUAUGUUAGAUUCCCAUUUAUGUAAAGUAUGCAAUUUGCUGUGCCUUCUGUAAGAUUAUAACUCUUCAUGUUAGCUCAAGAAACCCUUUUCAGCAUUACAUAACUUGAAAAAUAAACAUAGAACUUUUAUUUUCUUAAAGAAUGCGUUAUUGUUUUUUGAGAUUGAGCAGUCAAUAUUUUAAUUUAUAUGCAAAACCGUGAUAUGUUUGAUUUUUAGAAAAUCCCUAGUUAAAAAUCUUCCAGACACGAGUCAUCUAUAAAAAUGUGGAGAGUAAAACAAGAAUUGUUAAGUAAAAAAUGAUAUACUGUAACUAUCUCCAGCUUUCAUAAAAGAGGGUAUGCUUAAUUCAAGACCAAAUAAUUUGAAUUGCAAAUAAGACGGUAUACUUAACAGUAUGUAGGGAAAACAACAGGUGAGCUUUUCACUAUGCCUGAAGUGCCAAAAAAGAAUAAUGUGAGUUAUUUGAUUUUCUGAACUAAGGCAAAGGAACCUUAUUCCUCACAAAUACUUAUAAAUCAACCAGAGUAAUUU